AUGUCUCAAUCAACCACCACACCCAUCAAGCAAGCCAAAGCCCCAGCCGCUGCUGGCAGCGAAAAGGAACCCGUCCGCAUGAUCGAAAAACUAGACAUCAAGACCAAAGCCGUAAAUGCAAACAAUGUUGCCAGAGUAGCCAACAGUCAACUAGUCAGUGCAGACGAUAAACUGCACNCCCUGCUUUCGCUCAAGAAUGGGAGACCACUGGACAAGUUCCCAGAGACGCCAAAGGCGUUGGCGAAGUUGAGUGUUACUGUUGUCGACGCCAUGCUCAGUGCUCUCGAGGCUGACCGUGAUGGAAAUGAGAUGAUGAAGAGGGAGAAACUGCGUUUGCAGGUUGGUCUCAAGCCUAACCCUGCUUGA